AUGGAGGAGAUCCAAGCCAAAGAUAAAAUAAUACAAGAUUGUCGCGCGAUUAUUAACUCGAGGGACGGAAGUUUACAGAAAUUUAUCAAAAUAAAUGGAAGUCAUGCCUUGAACCCGAAAGAAGAAGCAUAUAGCAAGACUAUCCUCCAAAAUAUGGACCGGUGCCAAGUAUUACAGGAUGAGAAGGUUAUCCUGAGCGAUAAAGCAAGCAUUCUGCUGGACCGACAUAUCAAGCGACUCGACGUGAAAAUCCGCGAGCUUCAAAAUGAUGGUCUUCUCUCGAACGAUCCACCGCUUCCUUCUCUCUUCCAGAAUAAGGACUCAUUUCGUGAAACUCCUAAAGCUAUAUUCCCUGAAGCUGCUACCCAUGAAGGGUCUUAUUCCACCCCAUUGAAUGCCGCAUCAGGGAACAUGAAUUUACAAUAUAACCUUGCUCAGAGACUGAACAAUACUACUAAUUCUCGUGCACCGGUAGGGGCUGCUGCUGCUACCCAAGCUGCUGCUCGCAACUCGGCACCGGCUACACCAGCGGCCACAGCACUACAUCAGCAGCGCCGUGAAUCAUCUGCUGGAGCAGCUGAUAGCAAACGGCGACGAUUAAAUGGAUCAAUUAGUACGCUGCCUGCUGCUCCCUCAAACCUGCGGCAGUCAUCAACUGGCCCUGGGACCCCUAAGGCCGGGACUCCGGGAGUAUCACGGGCAGGUAGCGCCGGUCCCCGUUCAACAACCGGAGUGAAGAAACCUGCUACAAAAAAGGUUGCACCACACCAGCAAGUACGCAAGAUAAAAGCGCAUAAUGCACCUGGAAAGCCGACAAAGAGAUCCUCGAGUGCAAACCGCUUGAAACCCGUAUCCGGCAAUGGGAGGAAGAAGUCUCGAUCUCCAGCGUCAGGUAUAGCGGAUGAUGAAGAAGAAGAAUCGAUGCUCAGCAGUGCUGAUAUGUCUGAUUCUGAAAACGCUCAUAUGUCUCGACGACAGAUGGCACGGUCUUCACAAGAGGAUGCGGAUGAAGAUGAUGAUGAAGAAGGAGGUGAAGACAUGAAGACGUAUUGCACUUGUCGAAGCGUUAGCCAUGGAGACAUGGUGGCUUGUGAUAAUGACAACUGCCCAUACGAGUGGUUUCAUUGGAAAUGUGUAGGACUUACCAGAGAGCCCUUAGGAACUUGGUAUUGUGAUGAGUGUCGCAAGAAUUUGGGCAAAUGA